AUGUCACGGACAAGAAUUAACGUUGUUGAAUCUAAUGAAGAAUAUAUGAUGAAAGAACCGAUCGGACAUCAUAAUUCUGCAGAAAACGAUGUCGAAUCAUCCGAUGUCCAUGAAAGAACUACUAAUGAUAAAGAAGGUUUCACAAAUUGUGAUGACGCUGAUGCGGAUGAAACCGAAGAUGGUGAAAAUGCAAAAACAAAAGAGCGUAAGAAGAGGAAGCUGAAAUAUAUUUGGAACCUUCCAAAAGGGAAAAGGAUAAUGGUUCGCUGCAAUGACAUAGAUCAGCCAAUUGGAAAAGAGGAUAAACAUCUUGGGGAUUUUCUUGGCUCAGUUGCAAGGAAUUGA